GCACCAUUCCCCUGACGGACAGUUCUCUCUUUCCUAUUUUUCUCUUGAAAAAGCUCCAUCCCCGACACAAUAGAUGAGGAUGAACGGAGCACAACUGGAUGUCUUGGGCAGCUACGCUGCAAAGCCUACUCCGUCAAGUCUUCCCUCCCACUUCUAGAAGCCUGGAGGUUGAACCAAUACAGGGAAAUCAAGCCCCGGAUUGCUGAUCUCAAACAGGGAUCAUGAAACUCUUAGCCAAGUGCUUUGGGCAUCGGAAGACCCCUUGGGUGUUUCUUCACCAAGCAAAACGAUACGUAGCUUCUUUGAUCCCCUCGUAUUACGAAGCUGUCAAUCGGGGCCACCAGGAAGUGCCCGAGUACUUCAACUUUGCAAGCGACGUGGUAGAUAAAUGGACCCAAGAGGAAAAGGAUGGGAAGAGAGCGGGCAACCCAGCCUUCUGGUGGGUCAACGGUCAGAACAAAGAGGUGAAGUGGAGCUUUGAGGAGCUGGCUUUCUUCUCUCGAAAAGCUGCCAAUGUCCUCUUGGGUCCAUGUGGCUUAGAACGAGGGGACAAAGUUAUGAUCGUUCUGCCCCGCAUUCCGGAGUGGUGGCUACUAGCUCUGGCUUCCAUGCGAACAGGGAUUAUUUUUAUUCCUGGAACCCCUCAGCUAACAGCGAAAGACAUUUCCUAUAGAAUUCAAGCUUCCAAAGCCAAAUGCAUCGUUGUGGCCGAUCAAUCCGUCCUUGCUGUGGAUUCGAGCACAGCUGAAUGCCAAUUUCUGAAAACCAAGCUUGUUGUGUCCCACAGAGGCAGAGAUGGCUGGCUGAACUUCAAGGACUUAUUGCAAGAAGCCUCGGGUGACCACAAUUGCGUCAGGUCACGAAGUGAGGAGUUAAUGCUGAUCUACUUUACGAGCGGCAGCACCGGAUCGCCCAAAAUGGUGGAGCAUUGCCACUCCAGUUAUGGCAUUGGAUUCUCAUCCAGUGCUAGGCACUGGAUGAAUCUGUCUUCCUCAACUGUCUUCUGGAAUACGUCGGAUACAGGAUGGGUAAAAACUGCCUGGAGCAACUUAUUUGGCCCAUGGAUCCAUGGAUCCGGUGUCUUCGUACAUCAUCUGCCCAAGUUUGAACCAACAGUCAUAUUAAAUACGCUGGUGAAGUAUCCAAUCACAACUUUCUGUACCGCUCCUACUGCAUAUACGAUGAUGGUUCAGCACAAUGCUACCGGCUAUAAAUUCAGAAGCUUGAAGCACUGUGUGACUGGUGGAGAACCACUCAAUCCCGAAGUGUUUGAGCAAUGGAAGACUCAGACUGGAUUGGAUAUUUACGAAGCAUACGGACAAACUGAAACGGUAACAAUCUGUGCAAAUGUCCAAGGGAUGAAAAUUAAACCUGGCUCGAUGGGGAAAGCAUCUCCACCCUAUGAUGUCCAGGUAGUUGAUGAUGAAGGAAAUAUUCAGCCCCCUGGGAAAGAAGGAGAUGUAGCCAUCAGAAUCAAACCUAAACGACCGUUCUGUUUUUUCUUGAAGUACACAGAUAACCCAGAGAAAACGGCAGCCACAGAACGUGGGGAUUUUUAUAUCACCGGAGACAGAGCGGUCAAAGAUGAAGAAGGCUAUUUCUGGUUUGUGGGGCGGGCCGACGACAUCAUCAAUUCCUCUGGAUAUCGCAUCGGGCCUUUCGAAGUCGAGAGCGCUUUGAUGGAGCACCCAGCCGUGGCCGAAUCCGCUGUUGUCAGUAGCCCAGAUCCUAUUAGAGGAGAGGUGGUCAAAGCGUUUAUCAUCUUGUCUCCUGCUUUUCUACCCCGCGAUCCAGAGGCCUUAAUCCAAGAACUCCAGAACCACGUGAAAAAAUCUACAGCUCCAUAUAAAUAUCCCAGGAAGAUAGAAUUUGUCCAAGAGCUUCCCAAAACGGCAGGUGGGAAAAUUCAACGGAGUGUCCUGCGGAAACAAGAAUGGAGCAAAGUCAAACAGCAGCUCGACCUUCCCAAAUAAACCCUUCUUCCCCAUUC